AUGGGGGUGAAGAAGUAUAUCGGGCUGAGCACUGUGGCAGCAUUGGGAGUUGUGUAUCAUGCAUUCAGCACCCGGGAACAGUUCUUCCCUUCAGUCUACUACCUGUCCACGUCCAAGAUUGCCAUCGCUGUCCUGGGAAACUUUGCGUUCGCCGCUGCCCUGUGCAUCUAUUUCCUCCUCACUAAGAUCUUCCUGGGGACAUUGAGGGAGGCCGAGGUGGAGCGCAUCAACAACAGGAUCAGCCAGGCAGUCAUGGAGACCUGCCUGGCCAUGACCAUCUUUCGCGACGAGUUCAAUGUCAAUUUCGUGGCCAUGUUCACGAUCUUGACCUUCAUCAAGGUCUUCCACUGGCUGGUGCAAGACCGAGUGGACUACAUUGAAACCACUCCCACAGUCUCUCGGCUGUCCCAUGCUCGCAUCCUCGUCUUCAUGGGCAUCCUCCUGAGCGUGGACAGUGCUUUCCUGCAGUACCUCAUCAGCAAGACCCUCGCAAAGAGCGCCAGUGUGCACCUCCUUUUUGCCUUCGAGUACAUCAUCCAGGCGUCGGUGAUCGUGUCGACCUUCCUCAAGUACGUGCUGUCGAUGAUCGACAACUACAUGGAAGGGCGCUGGGAGCACAAGGGAGUCUAUGUGUUCUACUUGGAGCUCGUGACUGACAUGCUUCACCUGCUCGUCUACCUGGUCUUCUUUGUCAUCGUCUUCACCAACUAUGGCCUGCCUCUCCACCUGGUGCGCGACCUAUACUGGACGUUCCGCAACUUCCGGAACCGUGUGGCCGAUUUCCUGCGGUACCGCCGCGUGACGGCCAACAUGGACGAGCGCUUCGGCGACGCCACAGCCGAGGACCUGGCGCGCUGCGACGGCAUCUGCAUCAUCUGCCGCGAAGACCUCGCCCCCGGCGCGCGCAACAAGAAGCUGCCCUGCAACCACGUCUUCCACAUGCACUGCCUGCGGUCAUGGCUGGAGCGGCAGCAGAAUUGCCCCACCUGCCGAGCGUCAGUCUUCCGGCAGCCGGGGCCUCUCGAGCAGGUGAGCAGGCAGAACCAGGGCGCUCAGCAGCAGCCUGCUCAGGCGGUGCGCCACUCUCUUGUCUUCAUACCCCAUCUUCUAUCAGACGCUCCCUCAACUUCUUGGGAGCACCUCUGCAUUGGCGGUGUUAUUUGGACUCCAAGAGAGCCCAGGGAGCACUAUAUCUAA